AUGCCUCUGCCCAUGUUUCUGAGAUCACUUCUGGUCGCCACAGUUUCCUCCAGGAAGUGGCUACUCGUGCCUUCUAUUCAUAUUCUCAACUUCUUUGCAAAGCCAGAAAGGACCUGGCUAUUCAAUCUCGACAAGAACCCAGUCCUUAAAGCAAUCAUCAAGAAAUCAUUCUACGAUCAAUUCUGUGCUGGUACCACACCAGCAGAGACCAGAAAAUGCGUCAAGGCACUGAAAGACCUUGGGUUUCGAGGUGUUAUCCUCACGUAUGCACAAGAGAUGGUCUUCGACCACAAAAGCGGUAACGGGUACAGCCCCGGAUCCGCUGCAGAGGAAGCGGCGGAAGAGGCGGCUGGUAUUAAGAUCGACAAUAUUAUUGAGUCCUGGAGAGCUGGCACUGUUGGAACCAUCGAUUUGAUCGAAGAGGGAGAUAUUUUGGCCAUCAAGACUUCCGGAGCCGGACCUGCGGUUGUUAAUGCUUUCAACAAAGGAGACUUGCCGCCACAGCAGAUGCUUGACGCUUUGAACGAGAUCGGCACCAAGUGCAAGGAACGCAACAUCCAGAUCAUCGUCGACGCAGAGUCUCAACACUACCAGAGGGGCAUUGAUCGCGUCAGUCUCGAGAUGAUGCGCAAAUUUAACACUGAUGGCCGUGUCGUCGUCUACAACACGUACCAGGCCUACCUCAAGGGCACCCAGGCACUCCUCGCAUCUCACCUCGCUGAAGCUGAGAAAGACGGCUUCACUCUCGGACUCAAACUCGUUCGUGGUGCAUAUAUAGCUUCGGAAGACCGCGCCUUGAUCCACGAUACAAAGCAAGACACAGACGACAACUACAACGGUAUUGCCCAGGGUGCUCUCCGUCAGCAGCUCGGUGAAUACGGUGUUUCUCGCCCCUUCCCCUCACUUAAGUUGUUUCUUGCAUCUCACAACCGCGACUCUGUCAUCUCUGCGCAAAGACUACACAAGCAAAGGAUCGCUGCUGGCUUGCCUACCGUUCCAGUCAGCUUUGCUCAACUUCACGGCAUGUCGGACGAAGUUAGCUUCACACUUCUGGCCGAGAAGGGUAACGACGGUCAACCUCCAGCUGUUUUCAAGUGCUCUACAUGGGGAAGCAUGGGCGAGUGUAUUGGGUACCUAAUGAGAAGAGCAGUUGAGAACAGGGACGCCGUUUUGAGGACGAAUGACGAAUAUGUUGCGCUCCGCAGGGAGGCGGGGAGAAGGAUGCGAUCCAUGUUUGGCGCUGCAUAA